UAAGUCUUCAGUGUUAAUAUACUGCAUGUGUAUGCCAUAUUUGGGAAUAAAUGUCGUGAGACCUAUACAAUGUGCUCUGUUUUGUUUUAAUUUCAGGUUACUUCAUGGAAUGGGCCCUUAGAGAACAAGCAAGGAUUGAAGCUUUAUGGGAAAACAAAUUAUGUUUUCUUCGGAUUCAGAACUGAAGAGAAAUGCAGCCAUCUGAAAUGGUCAUGAACCCCAAACAAGUCUUCCUCUCUGUACUGAUAUUUGGAGUAGCAGGGCUACUCCUCUUCAUAUAUUUGCAAGUCUGGAUUGAAGAACAACAUACAGGGAGACUGGAGAAGAGAAGAGAACAAAGAGCAACUUCAGGAUGGGGGCCAGUAAAUUACUUGCAACCUGUAGCCAGACUCAUGACUACAGAAAAAAUCCAGGAACAUAUCGCCAACCAGAAACCCAAGUUUCUCAUGCCUGAGGAUCUAAAAGAGAAAAAAGAAAAUCUUCUACUCAACUCUGAAUGGACUAUUAAGGUCUUAACAAAGACAAGCCACUCACAGGGAGAGGAUCAAGCUUUGAGUAAGACCACAGGGUCACCGACAAUUGAUUUGACUGAAAAACAUCAAGGAGCUAAGAGUCUUUUCAAGAAGUUCAGCAAAAUGAAUUGGCCACUGGACAUUCACCCUUUAAACAAAAGUUUAGUCAAAGACAAUAAAUGGAAGAAAACUGAUGAGACCCAAGAGAAACGCAGGUCUUUCCUUCAAGAGUUUUGCAAGAAGUACAGUGGGGUGAGUCAUCCUCAGUCACAUCUUUUUCAUAUGGUAUCCAGAAUCUAUGUAGAAGACAAACACAAAAUCUUAUAUUGUGAGGUGCCGAAGGCUGGCUGUUCCAACUGGAAAAGAAUUCUGAUGGUACUAAAUGGAUUGGCACCCUCUGCAUACAACAUCUCCCAUGAUGCUGUCCACUAUGGGAAGCAUUUGAAGAAGCUAGAUAGCUUUGACUUAAAAGGCAUAUAUACUCGUCUCAAUACCUACACCAAAGCUGUGUUUGUUCGUGAUCCCAUGGAAAGAUUAGUAUCAGCAUUUAGGGACAAAUUCGAACACCCCAAUAGUUAUUACCAUCCAGUGUUCGGAAAGGCAAUUAUAAAGAAAUAUCGACCAAAUGCCUGCAAAGAAGCAUUAAUUAAUGGAUCUGGAGUCAGAUUCAAAGAGUUUGUCCACUAUCUCCUGGAUUCCCACCGUCCUGUCGGGAUGGACAUUCACUGGGAAAAGGUCAGCAAGCUCUGCUAUCCGUGUUUGAUCAACUACGAUUUUGUAGGGAAAUUUGAAACUUUGGAAGAAGAUGCCAAUUACUUUUUGCAGUUGAUUGGUGCUCCAACAGAGCUGAAAUUUCCCAACUUUAAGGAUAGGCACUCUUCCGAUGAAAGAACCAAUGCCCAAGUCGUGAGACAGUAUUUAAAGGAUCUGACUAGAACUGAGAGACAAUUAGUCUAUGACUUUUAUUACUUGGACUAUUUGAUGUUUAAUUAUACAACUCCAUUUUUAUAGUUUGCAUUCAUUUUCUAAAGCCCUGUAUUUACUUAAGAAUGAUGAGUUCAAAUUAGCUACUGAAAUUUUCCUGUAAUUCUCUGUAAGAGAGAAAAUUAAAUAAUGCCAGUUGUCUUGACUUAAUGAAGACUUUUACCAAAUAGUAUGACAUCAACUGGCACAAAGUUAUAGGAAAAUCACCUAAAGGAGACAUGUAAACAACUUGAGUUGCUCUAAAAUGUUUGGAAAGAGCUGCUUUUGCAUCAUGGAUACCAUUGUUGCAGCAAUAACCUAGCCAGCUGUUACAUUAGCUAAAACAGCCUCUUGCAAUGGUAGGAAAAGGAUCUAAAUAGCAUGAGUGUAUGUCUACAUCCUGCAAUUUACUGUCUAAAGUGCAUGAAUAUGUUUUUGGCCAUCUAAGCAUAUUAAUUAAACUAUUGACUAGUUUUCUUACACCCUGGAAAUCUUCCUGUUAACUGUAAUGAUAAAUCCACUUUGAAAUGAUACUUUGGACUUAGUCAUUUUACUUUAGAUUGGAAGGCAUUAUGUGAUUUACAAUAUGAGACUAUAGCAGAAAAACCAGAUGAGGCUAUGGCUUUUUAUAUUCAACAGCCAAUAAAAAAUGCACAACAUGCUAAGAUCAAAGCAA